AUGGAGCCUGAUAACGAAAAAAGAAUAAUGGUUUCCGAGCCGGAACAAAUCAUUGAUAGUGGGAGUAAGGCAGAAACCAUGGCACAAAUGUUCGUUGACACAGAACCGUUAGCUAAUAGUGCGCUCGAAAUAGUUGAGAGUGCCUCAGGAACCAUCAUCCCUGCUACUCAAUUCCUCCCUGUAUUUAGAGAAAUAGGAGAGCUUGCUUCUGGACUCAUAAAGCUGUAUCAAGAUGCCAAGUAUAAUAGAAGAGUUUGUGGCAUGCUGAUUAUUAGAGUCCAAGAUGCAGUAUCUUCGAUAAAUAAAUUAGAAGUUUAUGCGAGAGAUUUUCCUGAUUUUACUUCAUUUUUUACUAAAGAAAACAAUAUUACCUUACGAAAUUUUAAAUAUGUCAUGAAAAAAAUUGAAAAUUUCAUAAUAGAAAUUCAGAAUCUUAGUAAUUUUCAAAAAAUUAUACAAUCAAAUUCUAUCAGGCAAAAUUUUGAAGAAAUUACUACUGAAUUCGAUCGUCAUAUGGAAUCAUUAAAUUUUGCACUUAACGUUGGUGCAAAUUUACAAUUAGCAGUAAAUAGAAAAGAAAGUAUUGCAUUAAAUGAAGAUAUGGAAGACAUGAAAGAAUUGAUGCAAACCAUGUCCAAAUCAAUACAAAAUAUUGAAGAGAUCACGAAACGUAAGAAUGCAUUCGACAAACAAGAAAUGCAAGAUCUUAUCGACGAAGAUCUCAUUAAUAAAGCACUUUUAAAACCUGAAGAUUUUACUACUCCAGAAGAAAUUCGUGGGAAAGUUCAAAAAUGGUAUUACAAGCCUUAUAACGAGAUUAAAGUAGCACUUAAAGAAGUGGAUACAGAAACUAAUAAAAAGAUUAAGAAUCUUGAACUACAAAUUGGUAUCUUGAAAACUAUUAAUGAAUCACGAGAUAUUAUUCAAUAUUUUGGGCUUGUUACAAUUAAUAAUAAAAAGUUUCUUGUUACUGAAUGGGCUGAAUAUGGAAAUCUUCGCGAAUAUUAUCAAGCUAAAAAUCCCAAUAUCAUUACUAGAGCUAGAUUUGCUUUAGAAAUAGCAUGUGGAUUAUGUUUCCUCGAAGCACUUCAAAUCCAUCACCAUGAUGUAAGGAGCGAAAAUGUAAUGAUCGAUGUUAAUUUACGUGCAAAGCUUGCAAAUUUUGGUUUAAGUCGUGGAUUCACUAAAGAAACAAGAAGCAUUGAUUUUUCCAUGGAUUACGUUCGAUAUUUGGCACCCGAAAAAAUCGAUGAUAAAAAAAAUAUGAAAUAUGAUUCAAAAUGUGAAGUGUUUAGCUUUGGAAUGCUUUUAUGGGAAAUUGCAGAACAGAAGGUUCCUUUUAUAGAUACUAACCUUACAAUUCUUGCAAUUAGUCAAAGAAUAUUGGAUGACACGAUGAGUUUAGAAUUUUCAAGUAACGUACCAAAUAAAUGGAAAAAACUUGUAUAUGAAGCUACUAGUUAUAAACCUAUAGAUCGUCCAAGUUUAAAUGAAAUGCGUAGGAGACUUAGAAAUAUAAACGAAUCAAUCAAUACAAAUAAUAAUAAUGUUACAACACAAUCAAUUAAUGACACAUUUACAUUAGAAGAAGCAAUUAAACAGACAAAGAAUAGAAAUGGGUCUAAAGAGAAAGCUUGGGAAACAAUUAUUUCAUUUGCUGAAUCAAAUGAUUUUACAGCAAUAUAUUGGAAAGGUUAUUAUCUUUAUCAUAAGCUAAUUAAUUUUUCUUAUACUGAUGAAGAACGAAAUCAACUUGCAGCCGAAUUAUUUAAAGAAGCAGCAGAUGGAGUGAAUUAUAUGGAGGCGCAAUAUAUGUAUGCAGUGUGUGUCACUAAAACAGAUCCAGAAAUGGCUAUAGAAUAUUUCAGAAAAGCUUCAGAUCAAGGGCAUGCGGUUUCGAUGUAUAAUUUAGGAUUAAUAUAUUACUAUGGUAAAAGAGUUGAUAAAAAUGAGGAAGAAGGCAAAAAAUGGAUGAUAAAGGCGGCGCAAAAAAAGUUGGAUGCAUCUAUUACUUUCUGCAAAAAACGUGAAAUUAAGAUUGAUUAA